AUGGCCGAGACGGCGAGGCGGGCCUCCGCGACCCUGGAGGUGGUGCUGGGAGUCACUGCGGGCCCUGCAGCCUUCGGGUGCAAUCCCACAUCGGGGAUCGUGGCCUACGCAGCUGGGUGCGUGGUGGUGCUGCUUGACCCCAGCACUGGCGAGCAGAGGCACAUCAUCAACCCGGCCAGGAAGCCCAUCACUGCCUUGGCAUUCUCUCUGGACGGUGCACACCUGGCCACGGGAGAGGCCGGUGCGGCCCCCUGCAUCUGCGUGUGGAGGCUGCUGCAGGGCGAGUGGAGCAGUGUCGCGGUGCUGGGAGUCGGCCACCAGCACGGUGUGGCCUGCACCGCCUUCUCGCCCGACGGCCGCCUGCUUGUCUCCGUGGGCCGGCGCCACGACCAGGCCGUGAACCUAUGGGACUGGAAGAGCGGCCACCUGGUGGCCACCAACAAGGUGUCGAGUCACGUGCUGGCUCUGGCAUUCUCCUCGUGUGGCUCCCGCCUCGUCACGGCCGGCGUGCGCCACGUCAGGUUCUGGUUGCCCCCCAAAGGGGAUCAGGCGGCCAUCAACGGGGCCCCCCUGCCGGGCCGUGCGGCGCUGCUGGGCCUGCAGCGGGAGGCUGUGUUUUGUGCGGUGGCCUGUGGGCAGGGGCCGGCCUGCCAGAACCUCACCUACUGCCUCACUCUCUCUGGCUGCCUGUGCGUCUUUGACGAGCAGAGGGUUUUGUGCCACUGCGUCGACUUGCAGGUAUCCGUGGCCAAGUGCUUGUGCGUGGACGAAGAGCUGGUGUUCUGUGGUGGCGCCAAUGGGCUGGUGGUGGGGCUGUGUGCCCGCAGCCUGCGGCCCGUAUGCACCCUGCCCCGUCCGAGCCACCUGGAUGGCCUGAAAAGGCCGUGGCAAAGUGGGGAGCAGCAGCAGGACGAGCCGGUGCCGUGCGCCGUCACUGUAGCCGUGUGCCGGGACGCUAGGCGCGGCUGGCUGGGCUGCUUGUACGGGGACCACAGCGUGUACGUGUGGGCCGAUGCGUCGCCGGGGCAGCCUGCACGGCCCCUGCACGCCGCUCACUACCACGCCGGCGGAGUGCGAGGCAUCGAGGUGAACCCGGAGCUGUGGGAUCUUGUGGGCCCUGGCUGCCCACCACAGAGCUCGUUCCUCACCUGCUCAUCCGAUAGCACCGUGCGCAUGUGGGGCCCCGGACAUUCCAGCUACCCGGAGCUGCUCUGGGUGUUCUGCUCCGACGGCCUCCGUCCAGAACAGCGUGGGACCUCCCAGGACCGAGGCCGCGCGGGUGCUCGGUCGUUGGGGGGGGUGCCCCAGGGCCCCAAGCGGGGGACUGACGUGGCAGGAGGUGGCGUGCGCUGCAUGCGCUUGCUGCCGGGGGGGCACAGCCUGGCCCUGGGCGACCACGCCGGCAACAUCAGCAUCGUGGACCUGAAGAGCUGGGAGGAGACACUGAUUCCCGGAGCUCACACGGCCGAGGUUCUGUGUCUCGACUACACCCGGUGCAAAGGAGGAGAGGGCUUGCUGGUGUCCGCCGGGAGGGACCGUGUUGUGCGCGUGUUCCGACUGGCGGAGCGGUGUGGAGGAGGAGGAGCAGGAGGCGCCGGGAGUCCGCGCGUCGUGGCCGUCCUGGAGGAGCAUUCCUCGCCCGUGACGGCCGCGCGAUUCGCAGGGAGCGGUGACGCACUGCGCUUGGUGAGCUGCGGCCCGGACCGGUCGCUCUACUUCCGAUCGGUGCACACAGUGAGCCACGCUCGCGAAUCGGUGCCGCCCGGCGGUGCGCGGAGCACGGAGUGCGAGGACGGCCUGCGGUGUGCGGUGACGCGCCACGUGGUGGUGAAGGAGACUCCGGCUGACAUGGACGUGGACUCGGUGGGGCGUGUCGCCGUGCUGGGCUGCCUGGACCGCAUGCUGCGGGUGUUCAGCCCCGUCGACGGCCGGCAAGCGUCACUGCGUGAAGGGCUCCAGCGCGGACGAGGGGACGGUGCUCAAGGUACACGUGGCCCCGUCGGGCACACUGGCAGCGAGCAGCUGCUCUGACAAAUCGACGUCCAUUGUGGAUCUCGCUAGCGGCGCCUGCUUGGCCACCUUCCACGGCCACUCUGAGGUGGUGACCAGCAUGAAGUUCAGCAGCGAUUGCCAGCGCCUGAUGACAGCAGCUGGAGACAGGUGUGUAAUGAGCACCGCCGGUUUUGCAGUGGCACCACCAGCGCCAUUGGCAGUUGCCGAUUCG